AAAAAAUGAGAUUGAGAGAGAGGAAUCGGACGAGUGAACCGGUCAGCUGAGACUUGAGAAGGUUUUCUAGGUUUAUACUAAAUAUUUUUUAACUUUUUUCUUGCAUUCAGAAGUCUACCAGUCAACUUCAACAACCAGCGAGAUGGCUUCAUUAACCAGAGGUAUCUUCAUAGUUGGAGCCAAGCGUACGCCAUUUGGUACCUUUGGCGGGAAGUUGGGUAGUCACACACCGACAGACUUACAAGAAGUAGCAGCUAAGGCAGCCCUAACGGCUGCUAAUGUUAACCCUGAACAUGUUGAUUCUGUUGUUAUUGGCAAUGUUAUAGGGUGUGCACACACGGAUACCAUUUAUAUAUCACGACAUGUUGGACUUCGAUGUGGGAUACCCAUUCCCACUCCUGCACUCACUGUCAACAGACUCUGUGGAUCUGGAUUUCAGUCUGUGGUUAAUGGAGCACAUGACAUUCUGAUGGGAGACAGCAAGAUAGUGUUAACAGGAGGCACCGACAACAUGACCUUGGCUCCCUAUGCUGUCCGCAACAUUCGUUUUGGCACUCGAUUAGGAACUGAUCUUUCCAUGGAGGACACGCUUUGGGCAUCUCUCACUGAUGCACACACCAAGACUCCCAUGGGUGUGACGGCUGAAAACCUGGCUGCUAAAUACAACAUUACACGCCAAGAUGCUGAUAACUUUGCCCUGAAGAGUCAGCAGAAUUGGAAGAAUGGUCAGGACAGUGGACACUUCAGUGCAGAAAUAGCACCAGUUUCCAUCAAGACAAGAAAAGGCACUGAAGAAAUGACUGUUGACGAGCACCCUAAACCUCAGACAACAGCCGAGGGUCUGGCCAAACUACCCCCUGUGUUUAAGAAGAAUGGAACUGUGACUGCUGGAACUGCUUCAGGCAUCUGUGAUGGAGCUGGAGCUGUAGUACUGGCUUCAGAGGAAGCAUGCAAGGAGAACAACCUGAAGCCCUUGGCCCGUCUGGUAGGAUAUGCUGUGGCUGGUGUUGAUCCCAACAUCAUGGGCAUUGGCCCAGUACCUGCUAUUAGAAAGCUCCUUAAAGUGUCAGGGCUGGAGCUGAAGGAUAUUGGCAUGGUUGAAAUCAAUGAGGCAUUUGCACCUCAGACAAUUGCAUGCCAACGGGAAUUAGACUUGGAUCCUGCCAUUCUCAACAUGAAUGGUGGAGCCAUUGCAUUGGGCCAUCCACUGGGAGCUUCUGGUGCACGUAUCACUUCUCAUUUGGUUCAUGAGAUUAGGCGCCGUGGAAUCAAGUAUGGCAUUGGGUCAGCUUGCAUCGGUGGAGGUCAAGGCAUUGCUGUUCUGUUGGAGAGCCUUUAAACUAAUUCAUUGUGUGAUGGGAAUAAUAAUCCAUUUUUAUUCUUGACAAACUAACCUCUCAUGAGGGGUCUUUGGGGACUUGCUUAUGAGACCUUGCCAGUUAAUUUUUUUGGGUUGAAUUGCUGAAGAAGUUUUACUGUUUCAUCCAGAUUAUUAAACCUGUAUUGCAAAUGUAGCUAAAUAAAAACAUACUUGUUCUAUGUGAAUGUAAGAAAAGAUAAUAUAUUGCCAGAAAGCAUCAAACUGAUGAAUUGAAUGAUGAUUCUGACAGCAUUUUUUUUUUUUUAUUAAUGCACUAUCAAUGCAAUUUUGUAAAGAUUUGUAAAUUGUGUAGAUCUGGUUUAGUAUCCAGGAUACAAAUUUUUUUUUAUAAAUCUGUAAGUUGUUU